AUGAACAAAAAAAAAGACAAUAUAUCAAAUUUAUUCUCCUUUAACGACCCAAUCAUAAAGGAAAAAAUAGCAAAGUUCAAUCAGAUAAUCGAAAGGAAGAAGGAGUUUUUGUGUGAAACAAGUGAGAGUAAAAGGGGUGGGCAGGAUGAAAUGUCUCCGAAUGUAUGUGAGACGUCUACAUUUGGGUAUACCUUCAUCGACAAGGUGGUGAACUUCUCCCACAAGGAGGACAUAGAGGACUUGAUACAGCACGACGAAGAUGACGAGGAUGAUCCCUCUCACUGUGAUUACCCUUAUCAGCACCAUCGUGGUCGCCUAGAGAACAGAGCAGAUAGCCAAACGACGGAGAUCUACCUCAGGGAGAAUAGAAGCGAGCAUGAAGGGGACCUCCCGCCCUGUGCAGAGAACCCACAUGAGCAGCGGGGAGGCAGCAGUAAGGACCGCACGGGUCACUAUGACCAUGUGGACCGCGCAAAGCACCCGCAAUGGGAAGAAAAAAAAAGUGGAGGCAAGAAGCAUAAUCCGCCCCAAAGCUUGAACCCCGAGAAAAAUAGCAAAAGGAGGACAGAAAAAGGGAAAGAAGAAAUUCUAUUUAACAAUAAAGUAAUAAUUGAUAGCCGAAAAAAAGACCUAAUCCUGGACCAACUGAAACUGAAGUUUGACGAAUUCAAAAUAGAUACCUUGACCAUCCCGCAGAAGCCACUUACCAUCAUCGACGAGAAUGGUGUCGAGAAAAAGAAGCUGUUCAUUUUUAACAUUAACAACAGCGGCGACAGGAGGAAGAACGAGAAGAAAAGGAUCCAAAUUGUGUACGACAGGGUGGGGGGAUCACAAACGGGAGAGUCUCCAGCGGGACAGUGUCUAACGGGGAAAGCUCCUGUGGAGGGCACCAAGGACGCGGGUGUCACCAACGGGGUGGACGUCACCAACGACGCUGACCUCAACAACGCCGCAAAUGUCAACAACGCCGCAAACGUCAGCAACGCCGCAAACGUCAGCAACGCCGCAAACGUCAGCAACGCCGCAAACGCCACCAACGCCGCAAACGUCAACAACGCCGCAAACGCCACCAACGCCGCAAACGCCGCAAACGCCACCAACGCCGCAAACGCCGCAAACGCCGCAAACGCAGCCAACGCCGCAAACGUCAACAACGACGAAGACGUCACCGAGCUGGUGAACAGAAUAAAGGAGCAAAAGGAGUCGUACCUCUACUUCGUCGUUAAGAACAACCAACUCAUGCUAAAGAGCAACAAUGACUACUUCAGCAUCAUGAUGCAUUACCUAUGUGAAGGCACCUCUGCAAUAAAUCUACAAAUGAUCUACUACCUUAUAAUGAAACCAUCACACAUGGAUAUGCUUCUCUACCUCAUCCUAACUUAUCACAAAUUCUCCUUCAUCGAUUUAGUGGACCAAUUCGAAAACGUAUCUAUUUGUAAUAUCGUGGAGAGUUCCUUCGAGGAAAUGACCUUAUACGAUUAUUACUACUUUUUUUUUCAUAUUUUGGAGGUUUCGCAUGAGCAGUUUUAUAUGUCUUUGGAGGUACUGGAGAGUAUGAAGCUUCUUCUGAAUAAAUAUAACUACUUCCUGGGGAGGAUGCAUAAGAAUUCGAUUUUUUCCAACGCCAAGUUUGUGCUUGGUAUGGGAGACAUAAGGGACGUCCACCGGGUGUUCCUCCCGAAAAACGGAACGCUACAGUACAUCCUUAACACCAAAUUGGAGUUCAUACGUUAUCAGCAAAUGAAUUUUUUACAAGAGACCCACUGGGAUGAAAUCGAAAACUACCACCACCUGAAUCGUUUGGACAAACUGGUUUACUUUACGAAGGACCUCUACUAUGAAUUUACAAAGAAAAAUAUCUACAGAAAGAUGGGAGAAAUCACAUGUGAGCAGAAGCACUUGGACAAGGUGCAAAUGAUCGAGUCGUGUAAGAAGAAGCUACCUCCCUACAAGAAGGGGGUUAAAUUUAUGAAUUUUUUGGGGGUGCACUCUCACUCCUUCGUGUGGCAGGUGUAUUGCACGGACAUGGAACUAUUUUGUGUACUCAAGUUUAAGCAAAUCCACGCGCGCGAGAACAACCCACGUAGGGAGAGGGAGGCACCCCACCUAGGGCACAUCGAAGCGGAGAUAAACGCCGCGCUGCGCAACUUCCAAGCAGAGGUCAAGGAGAAGCAAAUAGAAUGCUUAUACGUCCCCAUCUCAGUGGAGGUCACAGAUAGACUGAUCGAAAAAACGAUGUAUAUCAAUGGGACCCCAUUGAACGAAUUUAUUUACAGCGAGUUCCUUUCCGGUAUCGAUUUGAAGCUCCGAGUCUUUAAGCUCAAAUGCAUUAUGCUAAAAAUUAUGAAAGUCGUCAUGAGUUUUUUAAACCUCCCUACGCUGAUCAUACUUAAGUGUUCGCGCAUCUUCGUUAAGGAGGACAGCUUGAUGGUGAAUGGUGGCAUUCCGCUGGGGUUGCUGUCCGCCGAGUCUGUGCGCUUCCUCCUGGACGGCGUCGACGAGACGAUCGCUACGCGCACGUACAGCAAAACGCUUUGGCAUUACCUCCCGCCGGAGAUUAGCGGUGAAGGAAGCGGCGGAGGAAGCGGCGGAAGAAGUGGCGGAAAACGCGGCUGCACAAAUGGCGUACCAAACGGUGGAGGAAGCCCCCCGCCCAACUGCUUCCUCCUGGAAGACAGGACGCAGCUAGAGAAAGCCUACUCCUACAUGAUCGGAAAGGUAUUCGAAGAAGCCCUCAUAGAUACUUUCACAGGCGACAAAUUCGACUACCUCAAUUUCGACGAAGAUGUGAAAGCCUUUCUUGAGUCCUGCUUGUCCGAAAAUAUGGAGCAGCGACAACCACUUAGUCAACUCCCACACCACAGCUGCUUCUCAGAUUGCUUCGAUCUGUACAUUAAUAUUUACGACGACAAUAUUAACGCUUACCAUAAUGACAGGGAGAAAGCCAUUCGACUAAGAGAUCUGAAAUACAUUAACAGUUUUGAUUACAGAAUUUUUUCUAUUCCUUCUGAAUCUGAUUCUGAGUCUUCCUCUCGGGCUCCUUCCUCCUGCACCUCCGACUCGCGCCACUUUAAUACCUCCAGUGGGUACUCCUCCAGCUCGCGUCUCUAA